AUGUCUGGACCGCUCCGCCUGAAACUCAACUGUAUUGUCUUGGGCGAUAAUCCUCGCCGUAUUUUCCCGGUCGACAUUGAGCAGACGGAGAUUGUCGGCGACCUCAAAGAGGUCAUCAAAGACAAGAAAAGGCCAGAGUUUGAUCAUGUUGCCACUGACCGUCUUGAGCUAUGGAAGGUCGACCUGCCCAUCGACGAGAUGAUUGAGCACAAUCUCAACAAUCUUACACUUGACCCAACGAAAUCGCUAUCACCUGUGGAUGAAAUUGUUGAGAUUUUUCCCAAUGCUCCUCCGCGCAAGUAUCUGCAUAUUAUUGUCCAAUGCCCGCCUGCCGUGUCUUCUGGACCGCUCCACCUGAAACUUAACUGCAUUGUCUUCGGCGAUGAUCCUCGCCAUAUUUUCCCAGUCGACGUUGAGCGGACGAAGACUGUCGGUGACCUCAAAAAUGUUAUCAAGGUCGCCAAGAAGCCAGAGUUUGACCAUGUUGCCGCCGACCGUCUUGACCUAUGGAAGGUGAGUGAUCUGAUGCCUACGGUUGAAUGUUAA